AAAUUUCACCUGACUAACGUGAAUAAAUAUAAAAAGACUUAGGUAAGAGGUACAUUUUAGGGAAGAAAAACAUUUAAGCUACUUCCAUCCUGUUAGCGAAACUAAAUAUAAAGAUCCUUUUAUGAAGAAGGCAGAGCACAAUUGAUGCCUCUCAGCAACCUGAUGUUAAGUUUUGCCCUGCAUGAUGUUAUCCAGUAGCUUUAUAAAUGGACUGGAAGGUCCUUCCAAGUGCCCCGCGCAGGGGCGGCUGCCUGUGACAUCACACAGCGGCCAGCACUGGGGUGCCCGCCCGCCCACCGCACCAGUGCCCCGGGCAGCCACUAUGGUGUGUGGGCCCACCACCUGCCACCACACAUGAUGCACACCAGCACCAACUCAUGCAGCUCCCCCCAGCUCUCCCACCAUGGAUGAUGCUGUGGUGCUUGGAAAGAAAGGCUAUAGCCUGAGCAACACGCUAGGAGAAGGCUCUUACGGCAAAGUGAAAUCUGCCUACUGCAACUGGCUGAAAUGCAACGUGGCCGUCAAGAUAAUCGACAAGAGGAAAACUCCUCGGGACUUCCUGGAAAGAUUUCUCCCCAGGGAAAUAGAGGCUUUGAGACAUUUGCACCAUCCCUCAAUCAUCAAAACCUAUGAGAUUUUUGAGACAUCAGCUGGGAAAGUGUACAUUGUGAUGGAGCUGGGGGCAAAGGGAGACCUCCUGGACUACAUCAAGAUCACAGGAGCUAUGGAAGAGGACAUCGCUCGCAUCAAGUUUCAGCAGUUGGCUUCUGCCAUCAAGUAUUGCCACGACUCAGACUUCGCUCACAGGGACCUGAAAUGUGAGAACAUCCUUCUCGAUGAAGACCUCAACAUCAAGCUGUCAGACUUUGGCUUUUCCAAACCCUUGUCUCGGGAUGAAAACGGAAGAACUAUUCUCAGCAAAACGUUCUGUGGGUCUGCUGCGUACGCAGCCCCUGAAGUGCUACAGGGCAUUCCUUGUGACCCCAGGAUUUCUGACAUAUGGAGCCUGGGUGUCAUCUUGUAUACAAUGGUCUACGCUUUAAUGCCAUUUGAUGAUUCCAAUGUCAGGAAAAUGAUCUGCGUUCAGAAACAACACAGGAUUCCCUUCCCCAACUCAAAAUACCUGACUGCAGAGUGCAAGGACCUCAUUUACCACUUGCUCCAGCCUAGCGUGUCUCAGAGGUUGCACAUAGAUGAAGUUUUGAAACACUCAUGGUUGCAGACUCCAAAAUCCACAAUCCCUUCCCCUCCGCCAGCUGCAGAAGAGGGUGAGUGUUCCCAAAACCUGCAUGAAGGAAAGCCUGAGCACAAGCAGCAAGCCAAAUCCCAUUCUGCAGAAGGGGAAGGAGAGGAGAAGGAAGCGAGAUCCUCUUAA